AUGGGGACCUACGCCUUCAAAAACAUAAUAGUCAACAAUGGGCAUAUCAGUGGGAUUGUAGACUGGGAGUUUAGUGGCUGGUAUCCGAAAUACUGGGAAUUCUCAAAAGCCCUCUAUGUUUGGAAGUGGCAAAAUGAUUGGACCGACUACCUGUUGCAGGUUCUGGAACCUUAUUAUGCUCAAUAUGGAGUCCAUAGUUUCCUGACCGAAACACUAUGGUGA